AUGCAGAGCGAGAGCAAGGGGCAGGUGGAGCUGUUUGGUGACUACCUGUCGCCAAGGGAUGCGCAGGGCCAUGGCACGUGGUGCGCGGGGGCAGCAGCAGGGGCGGCAGGGGUACAACUCAGCGACACGGGGGAGACAGCCAGCGCGCGCAUUGCCGCCUACAAGGUGUUUUGGCGCAGGAAGGGGCAGGUGUGGGCUACGGAGGCAGGCAUAGGAGCAGCGGUGAGGGCAGCAGCAGGGGCAGCGGGAGUCCCUCUCGGCGACACAGGCGAGACAGCAAGCGGCAUGGCCCCCCGCGCGCGAAUCGCCGCCUACAAGGUGUUUUGGCGCAGCGGGGGGCAGGUGUGGGCGACGGAGGCGGACAUAGCAGCGGCGGUGAAUGCAGCCGUGGCGGACGGCGUGGACGUGCUGUCCCUGUCGCUGGGCAACCUUGAAGCCUCGAAAACAUACUUCCAUGACGCUGUGUUCCUCAAUGCACUCGCGGCGGGAGUGGUGACGGUGUUUGCAGCGGGUAACAGCGGGGCGCCUCGAGGCAAGCCCUCAUCGUACCGCACUAUCCGCAACUUCUCGCCCUGGUACCUCACCGUCGGAGCCAGUUCCAUCAGUCGAGUAUCAGCCAUAGACGGCAGUGCCACAGCGUUCUCAACACCCGAUGCUCCCGCCACCACCACAGCCAUGAGCUACCCCACUGCUGCCGCUGCUGCCACUGCUCACCCGCCCACUCUUGCCGCACAAGCUUUUGCUGCUGCUGGUGAAGGAAAUGGUGCUGCUGUAGUGCACGCGGUUAUGGCAGCACAUGCGAAUGCCACCUGGAGCGCCAACAGCGGUGCUGUGCCGUCCCGCGCGCGCAUCACCCCCUUCGAACUCCCCGGAUCGCCAGUAGAGGCGCCCAUCAUCUCCCCCACCUCCUCCUGCGGCCCGCUCGUCCCCCCCACCUCCGCACCCUCCGCCCCCAAACCCACCAACGACAUUCUCAAGCCAGACAUCAUCGCACCAGGCGUGCAGCUGUGGGCCGCGUUCCCCCCACCAGAUCACUCCAUGGCCCCCUCUUCCGGUUACCUCGCGCUGCUCUCCGGGACCUCCAUGGCGACUCCGCAUGUGGCGGGCGUUGCAGCGCUCAUCGUGCAGCAGCGGCCUGAUUGGUCCCCGGCGCAGGUUAUGUCCGCGAUUAUGACCACCGCGGCGGUUACCAGUAACCGCGGGCUGGCGAUAAGGAAUGACUACGGGGACGAUGCGAGUCCGUGGGAGAUGGGAGCUGGGCAUGUGCGUCCUGAGAAGAUUCUGGAUGCUGGACUUACGUUCAACGCGAAUGCGAGCGAUUAUGCUAAUUUUCUGGCCGGGCAGAGUUAUGCCCGGGCCAAGAAGCAGUUUCAGGGCACAGUUCUGCGGAAGAUUCGCGCGUGCGAUCUGAACCGUCCGGUGAUUUCCGUGUCGCGGGUGGUACGGAGUGUGACGGUGAAGCGGACGGUUACGAAUGUGGCUGAUUUUGGGUCGAUGUAUUUUGUGAAUGUGGUGGAACCGAGGAGAGUGCGCGUGAGUGUUUCACCAGAUGCGUUCUCGAUAGAGCCAGUGCUGUCCGCGGACUUCCACCCGUCGGGCGUGCUCGCGACUGGCGGCGCGGAUAAGGAGAUUAAGCUGUGGCGAGUGGCAUCAGACGCAGCAGGAGAGCCGACAGUGGAGUUCGUGGCAGCACUGGCACACCACAACUACGCCGUCAACGCGCUGCGCUUCUCGCCCUCUGGAGACGUCCUCGCCUCAGGAGCAGAUGGGGGGGAGAUAGUGCUAUGGAGGCAGGUACAGACGCCCAAUGGAGCCAUCUGGAAGGUGUUUCGAGCCCUCAGUCGGCAUGAGAGGGACGUGCUGGACCUGUCGUGGUCACCGGACGGGCAGUGGCUAGCAUCGGGGUCAGUAGACAACUCCGCCAUCAUCUGGAACCUCGCCCGAGGCGUGCCAGAGGCCUUCCUCAAGGACCACGUGCACUACGUGCAGGGCGUGGCCUGGGACCCUCUCUCCCGCUUCCUCGUCACCUGCAGCGGCGACCGCACCUGCCGCGUCUACUCCCUACCCUCGCCCCCUCCCACCGCUGCUGCUGGUGCUGCUGCUGCUGGUGGUGGUAGUGGCGGGGGUGUUGGGGAGAAUGGAGCAAAGGCAGACGGCCCGAGCAAGGCGGUGCGCGUGCAUCUGUUCCACGACGAGAACAUGCCCUCCUUCUUCCGCCGCCUCGCCUGGUCACCUGAUGGCGCCAUGCUCCUCAUCCCUGCCGGGGUAUGGAAGGCAUCACCAUCAGCCCAACCCACCAACACGUGCUACGUCUUCUCUCGAUCAGACCUCACCAAGCCCAUCAUGCACCUGCCAUCGCUCAACAAGCCGCUAGUGGCUGUGCGCUUCUGCCCUGUCUUCUUCCACCCCUCCUCGCCCACCCACUCGCCUGCACUGGCGCUGCCUGUACAAGUCCCUGACGCCGCAGCACCCACUGCUGCUGGUGCUAGUGGGGAUAAGGAGGAUGCGCAACAAGACCGGCACCAGCAGCAGCAGAACACACCACCAUCCCCCGCGUACCCCUCCCCGCUACCCGUGUCGCUACCAUACCGCAUGGUGUAUGCUGUAGCCUCUACCAACUCGGUCUGUCUGUACGACACUGCCACGCCGCGCCCCCUCGCCCUGCUUGGCGGCCUGCACUACGCUGCCAUCACGGACCUCGCAUG